UGCAUCAUCCCUUCAAGCCCAAUAAGUAAAGUCUCCGUUUCUCUCUCUCCCUUGCCGGUGCCAGGCUUCUUCUGCAUCUCUCUCUCACAGAAACCCCCCCAAAAUCCUUGGUUAGGGUUAGGGUUUUUUUGGAGGCCUGCAACAAUGGGGAAAGGGGCGUCGUCUCUCAGCGAGGGCGUGAUGAAGAAGAUCCUGCUGUCAUAUGCCUAUGUUGGGAUUUGGAUCUUCCUCAGCUUUACUGUCAUCGUGUACAACAAGUACAUACUCGAUCGUAAGAUGUACAACUGGCCCUUUCCGAUCUCGCUUACUAUGAUCCAUAUGGCGUUUUGUUCCUCUCUUGCGUACCUUCUAGUGCGGGUGCUCAAGCUGGUGGAGCCGGUUGCGAUGUCGCGUGAGCUUUACAUCUCGUCUGUGGUUCCAAUCGGAGCUCUGUACUCGCUCUCGCUGUGGUUCUCGAACUCGGCGUAUAUUUAUCUCUCGGUUUCCUUCAUUCAGAUGCUCAAGGCUCUGAUGCCUGUUGCGGUCUACUCCAUCGGUGUUCUCUUCAAGAAGGACAGUUUCAAGACUGAUACGAUGGUGAACAUGGUCUCGAUCUCGGUCGGAGUGGCCAUCGCGGCUUACGGCGAGGCGCGAUUCGAUUCUUGGGGCGUGAUUCUGCAGCUGGGUGCCGUCGCCUUCGAGGCCACACGCUUGGUCUUGAUCCAGAUCUUGUUGACUUCCAAGGGCAUCACCCUAAAUCCGAUCACUUCGCUUUACUACGUGGCUCCUUGCUGCUUGGGAUUUCUGUUUAUUCCUUGGAUCAUUGUGGAAUUCCCCGUUUUGAAGCAGAAUUCGAGUUUUCAUUUAGAUUUUGUGAUUUUCGGGACCAAUUCGCUUUGUGCUUUCGCCUUGAACUUGGCGGUGUUUUUGCUGGUAGGAAAGACCUCGGCUUUGACCAUGAACGUUGCUGGGGUUGUAAAGGAUUGGCUGUUGAUUGCAUUUUCGUGGUCCGUAAUCAAGGACACAGUGACGCCGGUGAACUUGGUCGGCUACGGGCUUGCAUUCCUAGGGGUGGCCUACUAUAAUCAUUCCAAAUUGCAGGCAUUGAAAGCGAAGGAGGCACAGAAGAAGGCGGCCCAGGCUGAUGAGGAGGCCGGGAGGUUGUUGCAGGAGAGGGAAGGGGAAGGAUCAGGUAGGCGAACCGAAUCACAGGGUUGAUUUGGUAACUAAUUGAAAGCUAAAAGGGAGUGGAAAAGAAAAUGGAUCUGCAAGAGAAAAAGGGCUUUGAUGAUUUGCAGCUAAAAACGGAUCUUAAUUAGAUUGCUCAUCAGAAUGUGGCAGGUUUUGUCAUGGGUAUAUGCUCUUAUAAUUCUCUUUAAUUUAUCCCCUUUUCCUGCUAUUUUGUUCUUCUUGUUUAUUUUUACUCCAUGGUACUUGGCUUAUGUAAUCAUUAUUAUCUGUGAUUAGAGAAAAAAAAAACGUUGAGAGCACUUUGUGUCUGCUCUACGGUGAAAUGUCCUACAUAUUUUGGAACUCUUCCUAUUGGGGUUUUUAAAUCUUCUCGGUUCUGUUUUUGUUGAUGC